CAUACCAUUGCGAUCAGCUACAAUACCAAAGCAGCUUCAUAAAGGAACGUUUAAGAACAGGUUGACUAACGCCGCAGAACAAUUACAAAGAGCGCUAAUAAAAUAACAGCUUAAAAUCGCUCGCUAUAACCGUGUAUCGUUAUAACCCGACUGAUAACCGUUACCUAUUGUUGGUAAUUACAAAAGGCAAACUCUUCCGUUCACUCGUAAAUUUAAUUACAUAUUCGCAACACAACGUACGUUGGGUAACAGCACCAAAGACAUCUCUAGUCUUUCCCUUUGUUGAAGCGCAAAGCUCGCAAGUCAUACGUAACCAACCGUACUUACCGAGACGCAUACACAUAAUCAACACCGCUGACGUUAAAAAAAAAAACUCCAAAAACGGCUCCCUCUAACACUUAUGACAUAAUGCGCGAGGACGACAUCGAAAUCGCCAUUAAGGUGGUGAUUGUGGGCAACGGCGGUGUUGGGAAAUCAUCCAUGAUACAACGCUAUUGUAAGGGUAUUUUCACCAAGGACUAUAAGAAAACGAUUGGUGUGGAUUUUCUGGAACGACAAAUCGAAAUUGACGGUGAAGAUGUGCGCAUAAUGUUAUGGGACACUGCGGGACAAGAGGAGUUCGACGCCAUAACCAAAGCUUACUAUCGUGGUGCGCAGGCGUGUGUGCUCACUUUCAGCACGACCGAUCGCGCCUCAUUCGAGGCCAUCAGAGAUUGGAAGCGUAAAGUGGAAAAUGAAUGCAAUGAGAUACCAACCGUAAUUGUACAGAAUAAAAUUGACCUCAUCGAACAGUCAGUUGUAACUGCAGACGAAGUAGAAACUCUGGCGCGCAAUUUGAAUUGUCGCCUUAUACGAACUUCCGUUAAGGAGGAUGUAAAUGUGGCAUCCGUUUUCCGAUAUUUAGCUACUAAAUGUCAUCAGCUGAUGCUGGGCGAAAACACCGAACAGUCAUACACACCUAAUGGUGGCGGUAGUGGCAGCAGUGGCGUAAAUGGUGCUCCAAAUGGUCAUCAGCCCACAAUUAGUGCCUUCAGUCCAACAUUCACAAAGUCCAAUAGUGGCACGAUCGUGUUGCGAGCAGCCAAAAAGAGUUCAACAGCGCGGAAACGUAAAAUUGUGCUAAAGAAAUGCGGCAUUUUGUGAUUUGCGUGACAACAGCUGGUAGGUGGUGAGCAAUUGGACGAGUAGAGGAUUAUAUGUGGACGAGAUGUAUGCAAGAAAAUAGGCACGAAUACGUUGAGUAUUGGAAUAGAUGAAGUUUCUCACGGCUCCACGGUCAUUGAACUCUACUAACUAUCAUAUACUAAACUCUAUGACUGCUAGACUGAUAUAUACAUAAAUAUAUAUGCACAACUGGAAUAUAAUAAAAAGAUUUUAAGUAAUAUUCGUAAGACGAUGUUUGUAAUAAUCAAAAAAUAUAUAUGUAUAUGUAUGUAUGUAUGUAUGUGCUUAACAUACGAAAAUCAAAAUACUGAUUUAUAAUAAUACUGCCUAAUUAUAUUUGUUGUAUGUUCAUAUACAUAUCUGUACACUGUUAGUUUAACUUAGAUUGAUUGUGUUUGCUAAAGAGAGCGUGUGUAUUUUUUUAAAUAUUGAUAUUUUAUAUAAAUAG